AGUGGAGCCAUCAGAUGUAGGAAAUUACACCUGUGUUGUGACCAGCACUGUAACAAACACCAGAAUUCUCGGUUCACCAACCCCUCUAGUGCUACGCACAGAUGGUGUUAUGGGUGAAUAUGAACCCAAAAUAGAAGUUCAGUUUCCUGAGACACUUCCUGCAGCUAAAGGUUCAACAGUGAAACUGGAAUGUUUUGCCCUAGGAAACCCGGUGCCUCAGAUAAACUGGAGAAGAACUGAUGGCCUACCAUUUCCAAGUAAAGUAAAGUUGAGGAAAUCCAAUGGCAUGAUUGAAAUUCCAAAUUUCCAGCAGGAGGAUGCAGGCCUCUAUGAGUGCAUUACUGAAAACUCAAGAGGGAAAAACAUUGCAAGAGGACGUCUCACCUAUUAUGCAAAACCUCACUGGGUCCAGAUUAUAAAAGAUAUUGAAGCUGCAGUCGAAGAUAGUUUAUACUGGGAAUGUAGGGCAAGUGGGAAGCCCAAACCAUCCUACAGAUGGACCAAGAAUGGAAACACUCUAGCAUUAGAGGGAAGGAUCCAAACUGAAGGUGGUACACUUAUAAUAACAAAUCUAAAUCUGACAGAUUCUGGCAUAUACCAGUGCAUAGCUGAAAACAAACAUGGAAUGAUAUAUUCCAGUGCAGAGCUCAGGGUUGUAGCUUCUGCUCCAGAUUUCUCCAAGAACCCAAUGAAGAAACUGAUUCAGGUUCAGAUAGGCAGCACAGUAAAUUUUGAGUGCAAGCCAAAAGCUUCCCCUAAGGCAAUUUGCUCCUGGAAGAAGGGAGGCGAGCUGCUACAGGAAAAUGAAAGAAUAACGUUAUUAAAAGAUGGAGGCCUAAGCCUAGCUAAUGUGACUAAAUUAGAUGCUGGAAGUUACUCUUGCCUGGCAGAGAAUCAGUUUGGAACAGCUAGUAGCACAACAAGCUUAAUAGUUACAGAGCCAACAAGGAUAACUGUGGCACCUUCAAACAUGGAUGUGACUGUUGGAGAGAGUGUAAUCUUGCCGUGCCAAGUUCAGCAUGAUCCAUUGCUAGACAUUGGCUUCGCGUGGUAUUUGAAUGGAACGCUCACCGAUUUCAAAAGAGAUGCUUCUCAUUUUGAGAAAGUAGGUGGGAGUGCAUCAGGAGACUUAAUGAUUAGAAACAUCCAGCUGAAACACAGUGGAAAAUAUGUUUGCAUGGUAAAGACAGAAGUGGAUAGUGUAUCAUCGGCAGCAGAUCUGAUAGUACGAGGCUCCCCUGGCCCCCCUGAACAUGUGAAAGUGGAUGAAAUCACAGAUACCACAGCUCAGCUCUCUUGGCAAGAGGGCGCAGAUAAUCACAGCCCAGUCACUACUUACGCCAUUCAGGCGAGAACACCAUUUUCAGUGGGUUGGCAGAGAGUCACAACAGUUCCUGAUGUCAUCGAUGGAAACACUUACACGGCCACGGUAGUGGAUUUAAACCCUUGGGUUGAAUAUGAAUUUCGUGUCGUUGCCAAUAACAAAAUUGGAGGUGGAGAACCUAGUUUACCCUCAGAAAAAGUAAGAACUGAAGAGGCAGUUCCUGAAAUACCCCCAUCUGAAGUAAGUGGGGGAGGAGGCAGCAGAUCUGAACUGGUCAUAACAUGGGAUCCUGUUCCUGAAGAAUUACAAAAUGGUGAAGGAUUUGGAUAUGUUGUUGCUUUCCGACCUCUUGGCGUUACGACAUGGAUACAGACUGUAGUCACAUCUCCUGAUACACCAAGAUAUGUCUUUAGAAAUGAAAGCAUCCUGCCAUUUUCACCGUAUGAAGUCAAAGUUGGUGUAUAUAAUAAUAAAGGAGAAGGGCCAUUUAGCCCAGUAACCACAGUCUUUUCUGCUGAAGAGGAGCCUACCAUAGCACCUUCUGGUGUCUCUGCAAAAAGCUUGUCAUCUUCAGUAAUUGAAGUUUCCUGGAAUGCCAUUCCUUGGAAAAUGAGUAGUGGACGGUUACUGGGUUAUGAGGUCAGGUACUGGAAUAAUGGUGGAAAAGAAGAAUCUUCAAAUAGAGUAAAAGCUACAGGGAAUGAGACAUCAGUAAGAAUAACAGGCUUGAAGAGCAACUUAGCAUAUUACACAGCUGUCCGGGCAUAUAACAGUGCUGGGUCAGGACCCUUUAGUGCCACCGUCAAUGCCACCACAAAAAAGACACCACCCAGUCAGCCUCCAGGAAACGUUAUAUGGAAUGUUACAGACUCCAAGGUAGUACUGAACUGGGAGCAAGUGAAAGCAAUGGAGAAUGAAUCCGAAGUAACUGGAUAUAAGGUUUUGUACAGGACUAGCAGUCAAAACCAUGUGAAUGAACUGAACACAAAUACGACAUCAGCAGAACUUUUACUCCCAUUCAAUGAGGAUUACAUCAUAGAAGUAAAAGCAACAACUGAUGGUGGAGAUGGCACUAGCAGUGAUGAGAUCCGGAUUCCCAAACUGACUAGUAUGGAUGCAAGAGGUUCUGGUGCAUCAGUCGUGAACAUCUACAGUUUAUCCAGUUUCAUAUGGAUAGUACCUUUCUUGACUUUUAAUGCAGUGUUGUGGUGAUACAUUGUCAUUCAUUGGAUACAUUAAAUCAGUUACAAAAGUGCUUUUUAAAAAAAAAAUGCAGUGGUUAUGCAUGGGUUUUUUUUCAACUCUGUGUU